AUGAAAUUAGGACUGAUGCUGGGUUACUCAGGCGCAGAACUGCGCAUUCCACUGGACGACGUUAAACUGGCUGAACGCUUAGGCUACGACAGCGUCUGGACCGCUGAGGCUUACGGAUCUGACGCCAUUACGCCACUGGCCUUUCUUGCGGCACAUACCGACCGUAUCCGCCUCGGUACAGCCGUGUUGCAACUGGCUGGACGCACACCUGCAAAUACAGCCAUGGCCAUGGCAACCCUCGACAAGCUGGCCGGGGGCAACCGUGUGAUCUGCGGUUUAGGCGUCUCCGGGCCACAAAUUGUAGAGGGCUGGUAUGGCCAGCCCUGGGGAAAACCUUACUACCGGUUAAAAGACUAUGUCGCCAUCAUGAAAAAAAUCUGGGCGCGAGAAGAACCGGUCACCCACGAUGGCAAAGAAAUUUCAUUGCCUUAUAAAGGCGAAGGCGCCUUGGGCAUUGGCAAACCUCUGAAAUCCAUUCUGCAUAUGAACCCGAAUAUCCCGGUGUUCCUCGGUACCGGUAUGGAAGCAACCGUGCGCAUGACUGCUGAGGUUGCCGAUGGCUGGCUGCCACUGGGUUUUGUUCCGGAAACCGCCCACCUGUAUGACGACUGGAUCAAUCAGGGCCUGGAAAAAGCGGGCAAAGAUGCAGAUCAGUUUGAACGCCAGGCCAUGGCCCAGGUGCGGGUCACAGAGGAUGUGCAAGGUGCGCUGGACUCGAUGAAACCGGGCAUUGCCCUCUACGUUGGCGGCAUGGGCCAUAAAAACAUCAACUUCCACAAGGAAAUGAUGGUACGUCGCGGGUUUGGUGAUGCGGCAGAGCGCAUACAGGAACUUUACCUGGCCAAACGCAAAGACGAAGCCAUCGCUGCGGUACCCGAUGAAUUUGUCGACAGCGGCGCGUUGAUCGGACCUAAAGAUCGCAUCGCCCAACGUUUUAAAGCCUGGGAGAACAGCGGUAUCACCGGCCUGACCAUCAGCGGCAACACCGAAGCCAUUACAACAAUGGCGGAAGUUGCUCGACUGAAUUUUGCCUCGGCAGAUGCGAAGGCCUGA